AGCUUUGAAUUCAAGCCCAGUGCGGCGCCAUCCAUUUCCACCUCUUCCACUGGAUGUCGCUGCGCGUGGCUCCGCCGGCCAUCAGCGCCGCUGUCGCUCGACCGCCGCGGCUCGGUGCCCCGCGGUCCGCCCCGUCCGGCGCUUUGGAGGCUCCGCUUCGGGCCGACUCGCGGGCGCCGCUUGGGGCGGCGCUGGCGGGCGGUCUGGCAGCCCUGCGACGGGCGCGGAGGGCGCCGCGGCGGGCAAAGACCAAAGAGAAGAGCCCGGACUACAAAACCUUCAGCGACGACCUCAUCGCGGUACUGCAGAACGCUGAGAAGGUGGCGCAGGAGCUGCACCAGGCCCAGAUCUGCACCGACGCGGUGCUGCUGUCGCUGCUCCGCGCGGACUCGGCGUGCCCCAGCGGCGCCGCGGUGUGCGCGGCGGCGUUUCCGAGGAGCGCGACGCAGGCGGCGGAGUACGUGGUCCGCCGCGCCAAGUCGGGCGCCGAGGAAACGCCAUCGACGAAGGCAACGCGGGUGCGCAAAGGCGUGGUCAUGCACUUCACCCCCAUGACCGCGCGCUGCCUCGUGGCUGCCCAAAAGGAGCAGCUGGAGAUGAAGCACCAGGUGGUUGAGCCAGCGCACCUGCUGCUAGCGCUGCUUAAGGAGGAGAAGGCGGAGAGCCAGGAGCUCUUGGCACACCUGGGGCAGAAUCCCAAGGACGUGGAGCGCCGGGUGCUCACCACGCUGCAGGGCCCCUUGCCCCAGCUGCGGCUGCGGGCGGCCGACCUGCUGGAGGAGCUGAAGGCCUCGGCCUCCGAGGCCAAGGCGGAGGCGGCGGCGGAACCGUCGGGCUUGGCGGAGAAGCUGCCGCGGGCCUUCCGACAGCUCAGCGAAGGCCUGGUGGAGCGGUCGGUGGAGACGAAGCUGUUACUGCUGGCGGCCCUAAGUGGCGAGCACCUCUUCCUGCUGGGCCCCCCAGGCACCGCCAAGAGCCUCCUGGCGCGGCGCUUGGCAACGGUCUGCCGGGGCGCCUUCUUUGAGCGCCUGCUCACCCGCUUCUCUGUGCCAGAGGAGAUCUUCGGACCUCUUUCCCUUCGCGCACUCGAGAAUGACGAGCUGCGACGGAAGGUCGAAGGCUUCCUGCCGACCGCGGACGUCGCCUUCUUGGACGAGGUCUUUAAGGCGAACAGCUCCAUCCUGAACGCGCUCCUCACACUGCUCAACGAGCGCCGCUUUGACAACGGAGGCGAGCGGGUGGACGUGCCGCUCUGGACGGCGGUGGCCGCCUCAAACGAGCUGCCGGAGAGCGACGAGCUGGAGGCGCUCUUCGACCGCUUCCUUCUGCGGCGCUCCGUGCCCAGAGUCUCGGAUAAGCAAGUGCCCACCUUCCUGCGGACCGCGCUGGCGUCGGACGAGGAGGUUGUGGGCGACGACUCUGAGUCGCCGAGCCCCGUGCUCUCCGUGGCGGACUCGGAAGAAGCCCAGCGCCUGGCGGAAGACGUGGACUUCCCCGAGCACCUGCUGGACCUCAUAAUCGCCUUGAGGGCCUACCUCCGGGACGAGGCGGAGCCCCCGGUGCGUCUCUCGGACCGGCGCCUGGGUAAGGCCGUGCGCCUGCUGCGGCUCGCCGCCUCGGUGACCGGGGCCUCUGAGGUCUCAGAGCUGGACCUCUUGCUCUUGCAGCACAUGUGCUGGGACAAGGAGCCCCAGCAGGCCGGUGAGGUCCGCGUCUGGCUCCUUGAGCGCAUGUCGGCGGAUGGGGAUGCCGACAACUUGGAGAAGCUGACAUACUUUGUUUGCGGAGUGGAGGCGAGGCUGAGGGUUCCGAGUCGCAGCGCUGGGCCCAUAUCCAGAGCGCGGCUGGACAUCAAGUCCAUCCGCAAGCCGCUGGAGGACACCUUGAAGGCGCGGCAGGUCAAGCUGCAAAAGCUGCGGCGCUUCUUCCGCGACGGCGCAUCGCCGCGGCUCUUCUGGCUGGAGCCGGAGGACCUUGAGGACGCCGAGAACCAGCUGCUGCCGAGGGUGGAGGAACAGCUGCUGAAGGCAGAGGAGACCCUGAGAAAGGUGCUGGAGCUGGAGCUGGCCCUGGACAUCCAGGAGGAGCCCGCAAGGGACUCCUGCCUCGACUCCAUCCUUGGAGUUGACGGCGAGUCGGAGCCGCCCUCAAUGGACGAGAUCAAUCAGGCGGCGAAGCGGAUGCCCAAGGACCUCCACAUGAUGGACACCUGAGCUUGAUCCAAGACCCUGGAAAAGCAGGGUCCGAAUUUGGCCGAUUUCUUUGGAGCCAAGAUCAAAAUCGGAUCGAAGGACCCAGCAAUUUUGCGUGUCCAAAGGGAAGAGCAAGGUGAGUUCGCGACCUUGGGUCCAUCCGCGCGAAUCCAAAG